AGCUCUGUUACAAUCAUCGAUUUGUCAUUGAGACAUCUGCUGGUAGUCGGCUUAUACGGUGCUCGAACCCCCGUUCGUGAGUCUCACCAUCGGCCUUGAGAGCCCCGAUCUCUCCGUCUUACACCCUCUAUACGGGAACUGUGCCGCCCGUCACCUCGGAGACAAUGCGGAAACAAAGUACGCGAGAAACCGCAGGGAAACAUGCCAUUUUAGAAACCAAAACGCCUUGGCCCACCCAAUGAUGACGGGCUGCAUCAGCGUCGAACAUCUGUGGAAGAAAUAGAAUAAAUACCCCAAGUCUUACCAUCAUCAUACAGAUCAUCCAUCAUGAGCGCAAUUGAGAUCCUCGGACGACGCCUCCAUCGUUCAAUACCAACGAUUCGCGACGUGUCAUCAUCGAAUCUCACCCUCAGGCUCAUCAUCACCACUUACGCUCGCAACAGAUUCUCUCAUCCCGCCGUGCUCACCCGCAACUUCACAACCACGCGAACCUUCACAGCAUCACAACAACCCUUCAAAAUGACGACUGAAGAACUACCAAAAGUGAAGCUCUACUGGCUCAACGACUCCCGCUCCCAAAACACCCUCUGGCUCCUCGAAGAACUCAAGAUCCCCUACACAGUCCAACUCUUCCGCCGCGCCCCCAACCGCCUCGCACCUCCCGAGCUUGAAGCCGUCCACCCACUCGGCAAGGCCCCCGUGCUGGAAAUCACACCACUGCCGAGCGACGAGGACCCCACCCCGGCACCGAUCCGGCUCGCCGAGAGCGGGUACAUCACGCAGUACCUCGUCGAGCACUUUGGCCACCGGAAGUCCGGCCUCGUGCCGCCGCGGUGGAAGGCCGGGCGUGAGGGGAAAGUCGGGGGUGAGACGGAGGCGUAUGCGCGGUUUUGGUAUUUGUUGCAUUAUGUUGAGGGGAGCUUUUUUCCUGUGAUUGUACAAUUUAUUCUCAUCAAUGUACUCAAGUCAUCCAACGUCCCCUUCCUAAUCCGCCCCCUCACCUCCCUCGUCGCCUCCAAAAUCUUUUCCCUCGUCAUCUUUCCCAACGCGCAGAAGCACCUCGCCAUGCUCGAGAACUAUCUCAAGACCGCGCCCGGGGUGUCACCUAGCGGCGGCGGGUUUCUCUGCGGACCAGAGCUCUCGGCCGCGGAUAUACUCAUUAGCUUUGCGCUCAUCACGGCGGACGCCGAGAAUGCGUGGGACACGAUGGGUAGUUGGCCUGGAGGGUCGGUGAAGGCGGCGCACCCUGUGCUGUUUGAGUAUGUUGAGCGUUUGAAGAGGGAGCCUGGGUAUUUGAAGGUCGUGGAGAAGGUUAAGGAGAUUGAGGGGUGACGAGGCAGCGUAUGAGGCAGUGCCUUGAUCUGGAGUUAUCUUAUGAUGAGGGGUUAUUACUGGGUGUUGUAAUGCUUUAAGUUACCAGACGAACAGAACAUCCCACUUCGAAUUUCAAUUCAUUCUCACAUGAGUUUUUGCUCAUCAACCGAGACCUGCUGCCUAUUGAAUUCGUCGCCAAGAAGAUACCGUGAACCGGAGUCAGAUGAGGCUUACAGGAUCGCUGGACUCUGCCCCAAUCAACCGAUUAAAGUGAGCGGACCAUGAUUAGCAUUCGGAAUUCACCGAGGGUCGUGAGAUUUUAUGAGAGCUAUAGUAAUGGAGCACCCGGAAUCUCAUAUUGUGUACGAGAUACCAGCGCCGAUGCCGAGUGAGAUGAUCACGGCAGCCUCGAGUGAAGUGAGGCGCAUCUCCCGUCGCACCUUGCACAGACUCCCCGGCAAUUGGCUGCAGCUGCC